AGCAUCUGGUUUAAGAUCUAGCCGCUCAUAAAACUUGAGGCUAGAGGGGGCAUGAGGGCGUGGCCUUAGCACCGUAGUUGGGGCCUGUGGUUGGGGCGCUUGUUGUUUUGAAGAUGUGCAGUGAGUUGGGCGGCGGCACCGCUGGAUUUGUUUAGCAUACGUCGUUCGCUUCCCGUGCUUCCGGUUGGCGACAGGUGUUCCCACAGUGUAGGUGCAUAUACCUUGGUAGGUGCGCGUAGUCAGCGUCGUACACCAGUCGAGGCAGACCUACCAGCUCACCGAAGUCGAUCGAUCGUCAAAAGCGAGACCUGGUUCGAGGCUUCGGUAGAAAACCGGGGAAAGACAGAGUGAAAUUAAAAAGGGGAGAGGAGAAUCCUCUCUGUGCCAACUUUGGGCGAAAGGCAAGCCACAACGGGCACAAAAGCAAUGUUCAUGGACCUACGUUUCGACCGAUACAUUAAAAAAUGGCUUCCGAUUUCGGCGAUUCUCUCCUCUCUUUCUCCGUGGAUAUAUAUAAGAAGCUGAAGAACGAAGGCAGUGGUGCCGGCAACAUAAUCUGCUCCCCGUUCAGCAUCGCUGCUGCGCUGUCCAUGACCCUGGCUGGAGCAAGACACGACACAGCCAAGCAGGUCUCGAGCGCCCUUCACGUGCAGCAUGACACCAUCCACGGGCAUUUUGCAGACUUCCUCUCCAAACUUCCCGCUUACGCUCCCGACGUUAUUCUGCACGUUGCCAACCGCCUCUAUUCCGAGCAGACGUACAAGACACUCGAAGAGUUCACGCGCCUUCUGGAGAAAUCGUACGGCACUACUAUCGAAAACGUUGACUUUAGGCGUAACUUCGAUCAAGCCCGUCUUCAGGUGAACGCGUGGGUCGAAGAAGCCACAAGGUCCAAAAUCAAGGACUUGCUUGCGAAGGGCACCGUAGAUGCAUCGACGUCGUUGAUCAUUGUCAACGCUGUCUACUUCAAAGGGCUGUGGCACGACCAGUUCGAUCCAAUGCGUACGUCUCAGCAGGAAUUCCACGAAACCACCGAUCGAUCGAAGAUGGUGGACAUGAUGUACCAGAAGAAGCGUUUCAGGAUGAGCCGCCACCCCGACGUCAAAGUCAGCGCCCUCGAAAUCCCGUAUAAGGGCAAGAAGACGUCUAUGGUCAUCUUGCUUCCGGAAGAAAUCGACGGGCUUGCUGGUCUCGAGGAGGCUUUGACUGCCUCCAACUUGACGGAGAUCCUCCAGGGCCUGUCCCACCAGGGUGACAUUGAGUUGACCCUUCCAAAGUUCAAGCUGGAGCAGGCAGUGGGUCUUAAGAAGGUGCUGGCCACCAUGGGAGUCGAAGACCUGUUUGAUCCCUCGAAGUGCGACCUCUCUGGGAUCAGUGCCGACAAGGAUCUCGUGGUAUCGGAUGUGAUUCAUAAAGCUUUUGUCGAAGUGAAUGAAGAGGGGACUGAGGCUGCUGCCGCCACAGCCGUGAUGAUGGUAAAAUAUUGUCUUCAAUUCCCCACCAGGUUUACCGUCGAUCACCCGUUCCUCUUCUUGAUCCGUAGCCAUGACCCUGACGUUGUCUUGUUUCUUGGCUCUGUACGCCAAAUCUAAUGCGUUCCAUUUACUCGCUGGAAGUAGAGCUUUUUUGUGACUUGUAUGCCUUUACUUUUAUUUUUUUAAACAUUUCGCCAAUGCUGUGUGUGGUCCAUGUGCACAUCUUGUAACCGCCAGCUAUUCACGAAGCGACGCCUACUAGAGUGGGUGAUUUGCAGGUUACAGCAUCGCGAAUGUAAAACUGCCAUAGACGGAUUGAAUGAAUACAAGACCUUUGUAAUCCCUUCAACUAUUAGUAAUAAUGUCCUUAUAAUAUUAAUGAUAUUAUUAUAUCAUAUUAUUAAUGAUUAUUAUUAUUAACUAUAAGUAAUAAUGUUAUAUAAUAUUUAUGAUAAUGUCUGUGAUAAAAAUAGGAUAAAAUAUGAGACUGCGUGUUCUCCAUAAUGAACAGUUGCAUUUGAGCAAACUUUUUUUGUCCUGUAAAUUUUAUAUUUUAUUUAAUUUGUCUCAUAUAAUGAUUUAGAUGUAGCUGCUCAAAAUUAUUAAAAAUAUGGGUUUACCUGAAACUCUUUCAUCAGUUGCCUACCUUGUGUUGGAACUUCAAUAAUUUCUAAAAAUGUUUGUCCUGUCAUUGCUUGUAUGAUAUGGUCAUGAAAGGCAAUAUGGUCAUUGCUGAAUUGAAUCUGUGUUUUUACCCAUUCUCAUCUCAAGUGACCGUAGUCCUCUUUUUGCUUAAAUAGCUGUCUUAGGAAUUAAAAGGUAUGCUUACAUGAAACAAGACAGUUGCAAUGUUCAAGUGAGCAGCUUUGUAAAACUUUAGGACUUUUUUUUUUUUUUUUUUUCAUUUUGUAAAGUGCAGAGAACCAAUGGAGACGUAUAACUGUGUCUAUAUGUCAACUGUGUAACCUCGGAUUACAGCUGGGGUAGGUACGUAAAUUGGGUGGGGAGUGAGACAACAUUUUGCCAUGAUGCACAGUGUGGCAGCAGCCUCAGUUCUCUUUUCACUGUUUCCAUGAAGUUGGUAACAUACCAAUGCUGAAGGUAUGUACAUGUGUGUGUGCCAUACCUCUAACCUCGGAUUGCAAUUAAGCUAUAAUUGUUCCAACAUUUUGAGGAUUCCUGCUGCUUGGUACGAAUAGGAGAUUGAUGUCAUUGUUUUUUCUUUUUAAUAAAAAAAAAUGCGCAGGACAGUGGUGCCAUUUUUUAGGCUCAAGUCCUCUUUGAAUGAAGUCUUGAGCCACCUUAACUGAUAAACUUCUUGUCAAGUACCCCAGGACAACCUUUCUGCCUUUGGGGUUUUUUUAAUGUGAAAGCAUUAACUGCCCCAUGGAGCGAACCGGUGUCAUCUGAGUGUGGCUGGUGUUACCGUUGUCUGUAGCAGUGAUAAGCGGCAACUAAAUUUCUAUUGGCUAAGCAAAACCACCGAAAUCGAGACCUGAAUUCCCAUUGGCUGCGACAUGUCACGUGGCUCCAUAGCUACGGCGUCAACAUUGCUAAGGAGCCAGCCGAAGUGCUGGCAAUGCAGCGGAAGGGGGGCACGCAAGUAUGCGGUGGCCUGACGUUAGGCUUAUUGUUAUGCUUUGAGGUCUAACGUAUCAACCGGUACCCAUAGUUAGGGCGAUGGUGAUGAUGAGAGGACACGCUGGGCCUCGUGUCCAAUCAACACGUCCAGAGACGCCAUCGGGAUCGGGUCCAAUGGACACUUUCCGCUUGACUGAGUGUAUGUAUGGCUGGUAUCUACCCAUGCAAACGACUGCCUUUUGGUGGUGAUGAGGGAUGAAGUUGAAGACGGGCACCAUCGUAAGCAACACAAAGAUUGGACACUCAAGACGCUAAUCCGCUAUUUUGGUUUGUUCGAUGACAGUGUGGUAAGAUUUUACAAUGCAUACAGCGUAUAAAAUUUAAAAAAAAAAAA